AUGCAUUUGCUAUGCACUAGAAUUGUGACUAUUAGUGAUGCUGUUAUCUGCGAGACUGAUAACAAACGAGGCCUGCAUGUAGCAGAUGCUGAAAAUGACAAUAGCUCGCAGUGUGGUAACCAUUCUACUAGAAGACAGAAGAAAUCUGUUAAACAAAUGCUUGGUGUGUAUCGUCGACAGUUUAAAAUUUUCAUGGAUAAUCAUUUGGAAGAAAAUGGAAGGCAAAUUCAAAGAAGCAAUGCAAAAGAUAUUCGAUUAGCAACGACGUAGUA